AUGUUCGCAUACCGAUUAUACGUGCUCGUGAGUUUGAUACUCGUGGUAGCGAUCUUAACGUCAAAAACAGAACGCGCGCAAUCAGAUGUGUUUCAAAGUAGACAAAAUCGACAAGCUGAUGUGCGUCAAGAGCCUCGUCAAUAUUGCGGCCGAAGUCUUUCGAGCACUUUGCAAAUGAUCUGUGGUGGUGUUUACAAUAGUCGAUUCAAGAAAAGCAAUCAAGAAAUGGUGAUGGACGGUUAUGCGUUUAUCAAUGAUUUGCAUCCCUAUAAAUCCAUCGAGAACGCAAGGAAGAUGUUAAGAUUCCGACGAAAUUCACGGGGUGUCUACGAGGAAUGCUGCUUGAAAAUGUGCUCUACGGAGGAACUGCGUUCUUAUUGCGGUAGUCGUUGA